AUGUCAACAACGGUCUCGUCGCCUCCGUUAUCGAUUGAUGGCUUGAUUGAGUUGUCCACAGACCCUGAGACAACUAGAACAGCUUUGUCCCUGGCCUCCAUCCCUUUGACUUAUGGAGACCCCAACGGAAGCGAUAAUCUGCGACAGGCAAUUGCUUCCCUCUAUGAGAACCGAAAUGUGACAAAGGAGCACAUCAUAACGACAAGUGGAGCUGUGGCUGCUAAUCAUAUUGUUUUUUCCGCACUGAUACGACCCGGUGAUCAUAUCAUUUGCAUGUAUCCGGUCUAUGAACAACUAUACAAGAUCAGCCAGUCGUUAGGUGCUGAGGUCACAUUUUGGAAGCUCGACAAAGACAACGGUUGGGCUGCUAACAUGCAAAAUAUCCGCCAAGAAAUUCGCAAAAACACUACAAUGAUCAUCCUAUGCAACCCGAAUAACCCUACGGGUGCAUAUUUAUCGACUGCUGUGCAGAGCUCGGUCCUUGAACUGGCACAAGCACAUGACAUCAUUUUGAUGGUUGAUGAGGUUUUCAGACCGAUGUUCCACUUUCUCAAAGAUGGCGAGAAGGAGCCCGUCUCUUUCCUUGAAAGCGGGUAUGAAAAGUGUAUCGUCACGAGCUCUUGCAGCAAGUCAUUUGGUAUCCCUGGUAUCCGAGUCGGCUGGAUUGCAACACUAGCCAAUGACUUCUUACGUCGUUUCACUCAGAUUUGCAACUAUACAACUAUAAGUGUUGGGCAACUCCACGAAAUAAUUGCUGCAGAAGCACUCUCGUCCAGAUGCCGCCAACGUCUGAUCCAAAGGAGUCUCAACAUGGCGAAGGCCAAUCUUACCUUCCUUGCUGAAUUUGUUGCCGAGCACCCACAGGUCACUUGGACACCUACUCAUGCUUCAACCUCAACACUGAUAAGACUUCACUACAAGGAUGGACGUCCUCUACAAGAUCAGGAAUUUGCUCUACAGUUUGUGAAGGCCAAAAAUAUACUAUUCUGCCCCGCCAGCCUUUGCUUCGAGGAGUACGACCAAGGAAGCCUUCAGGGUUAUCUGCGUUUGGGGUUCGUGAUGCAUCCGGAGACGUUUCGUUAUGGCAUGAAGGAGCUUGCAGAAUUUCUGGAGGUGGACUCGGAUUUGCAAUAG